UUAAAAACAGUUAAAAGUUGUCAAAAUGUUGCAGUGAUUUACGCGACGGCCAGGCUGAACACAUACCAAACGGCAUCUUCCUCAUUGCAUGUCAUCUUAUUUCCUCAAAUCCUUCCAUUUUAUCAGCCACUGGGGGUAUAGGUACUGAGCCGGUGGAAACUCUCAUAAUGGAUUUCUUAGAGGCGCUCUCCUCGCUAACACCUUUACUCUACGUGCCCCUGCUGGUGGGAUCCCUGUGCUUGGUGCUUAACUACCUGGUGUACUCGCAGCGCGUGGCGGAGUGGCGCAAGUCGAAGAUCCCUUUUCUGGAGCCGAGCUUCUUGAUCGGGCACAAGUACUUCUGGAGCGUGGGCAGCAACUCCGCCGUCGUCCCCAUCGACCGCAUCUACCGGGAGAAUAAGGACAAGGACCUCGUCGCUUUCUUCAUCGCCACCAUGCCUGUCGUCCUCGUCCGAAGCCCGGCACUCAUCAAACAGAUAUUCGCAAAAAAUUUCGACGGAGCAUUCAAAACUGGGUCUGCGGCAUCGAAGAACGAUGAGAUCGAGCAGCAUAUGCUGUACCGAUCCGCGGAUAAAGGCGUGUGGAAAGCCGACAAAAACGCGCUCUCACCCAUGUUCGCCACGGCAAGUUUCAGCGGUAAGAGAUUUGCCAAGAUCAGCAACCAGAUCGCCUGUAUGUGGGCCUACGUGGAGGAAACUCGCCUUCAGGGAAAGCCCAUUAACACCAAAGAGGUGGCAAUGAACUUUGUCCAGGACAGCAUUGCCAACGGUUUUUUCAAUUUGGGCGCCAAUUCAUAUGAAGCAGAAGGAGAACUUCAUAAGCUCCUUAAGAGUUUUGUUGAACCGGGGUGGAGAAAACUAAUGAGCGUAUUCCUUCGGAUGUAUCUCCAAGGAAUCCCAGCUUUGGAGUCGAUGGAGUUCAUCACUCAGGAGCACGUCGAAUCGAUGAAAAAUUUACUUCGAAAGCAAUUGGUGCAGCGGGGCAAGGCCGGAGACAAUAAAAAUGACUUCGUCGACCUCCUUAUCAGGCUCAAAGAACAAGAACAAGAUAGAAAAAACGAUUCGGAAAUGGACAUCACUAAUGAGAUGAUUGGCUUAGGAUUUUCCUUGCUGUUAGGAGCUAACGGCACGGUAUCAGUUGACACUUUAGCAAGUUUUACCAUGCACUUACUGUCCCUCCACCCGGAAUGUCAGGAGCGAAUUAGACAAGAGGUGGAUGCGGUCAUGAAAAAGCACAACACUACAGAAUUCACUCACGAGGUUGUUCGCGAUCUUCACUUCCUGGACCAGUGUCUACAAGAGACUGCACGUUUGUACCCGAGUGUCUGUGCCUUGACGAGAGUUUGUACCGAGAACUUGACGCUGCCCGGCACUGAUUACACUUUCAAGAAAGGCGAGCGGAUAAUUGUCGAUCCUUAUUCCAUCCACCGCGAUCCGGAAUACUUUGAGAACCCGGAUACUUUUGACCCGGACCGUUUCAGCCCGGAGAACAGAGAUAGUAAAUCGAUCGACGCUUUCCUUGGCUUCGGCAAAGGACCCCGAAAAUGUCCUGGUUACAAGGUUGGUUUCCUGAUGGCGUCAACCCUGAUUGGCUCUCUGGUGCACAAAUACGACAUGAGACCACGCUCUCACACAAAGCAGAUGGACGCUUACGAUUUUCAUCCUCUGAGUUUCGCUAUCGUUCUCAAAGACGACGUCCUGGUUGACGUAGUUCCCCGUGAGGUUCUCGCCAACUGACAGAAACUUUAAAUAAUUAACUAUAAAAUUAUUAUAAUAUGUGCACUUAUAUUUAGGAAUAAUAAAUUUAUAUGCAACUUGA